UCUGCUCAGGCCUUUAGCUGAACUGUGGUCAUACACUAAUAAUGUAACUUCAUAUCGUUCAUAACAGUCUACCGAUUGUGGUUCCUCAAGAAGUACAUAAAUUAUUUAAAACUUUUACAUUGGAUUUAAUACCCAGAUAUCAUAAAAGUAGAUGAUAUAAGCUUUCAAAAAAGUCCUCACUCAUUAUUAUAUCUUUAUUAGCAACCGAAAUAUAAAACUUUUCGCCAAGCGUAAAAUUCUCAAAGGUGGGCAAAAUCUGCUGAGCGGCACUAUUAAUAAAUACGAUCAACAAGAAAAAAACAACAAAAAUGGAAUCUUCAACAUUUUUUCCAAAUCAGUGCAUCAUUUGUCAAUCGACAACGAAAUUAAGUAGAUGUACCAGUUGUAAUAUGAUUCAAUAUUGCAACAAAAACCAUCAAGUGCAACAUUGGCCACAACAUAAAGCAUUUUGUAAAGCAAUUGCAAAAAUGUUAGAAACAAAAAAAAUUACUCACAUUUAUGAAAAAAUUUCAAAUAAAUCUUUUGAUUCUUGGGCAUCGGCAGCUGGUCCAAUAAUACAAGAAGUUGUACGAAAUUUAAAACGACUUCCAAUUUCAAUUGAAAGUGUUAUAUUAAAAUAUCCCCGUGUAUGUUUUGUUUGUCGUGAAGCUAAACAAGAAAAACUGAAAAAUUGUCCAAAUUGUCCAUUGGCAAGUUUUUGUGAUCAACAUCCCAACAGUGAAAUACACGAAAGACAUUGUUACAUAAUAAAAAAUAAUUCUGAAAUUAUUCUACGAAAAGUACAUACAAAUCCGUAUCUUUUAAAAAAUCAAAUGAAAGCAUUGGCAAAAGGUACAAAAAUUUUAAAACCUAAUGACGAAUCACCAACAUCGAUUAGACAAUUUUACGAUAACUACACAAAGCCAAACUGUGAAAUUUCAGAAAUUCAAAAAAUUUUCCUCUCUGAAUUCUUUAGCAUCUCAUUGACAAUGUUUCACAAUUUACAAAUGAUUUAUUUCGACAAUUUUCCACCUGAAAUUGUUAUUCAUCUUGACAUUGGUGGUGCAAUGACGUUAAUAACUAUUGAUGAUUAUUGGGAAAUUCUAUUACAUUUAAUACCAGAUGUAAAAAUUUUAAAAAUAAUUCAUAUCGAGGGUGAGAUAAAUCACAUGAGUGAACCAUCACUUUGUAAGGAUUGUAAAUUAAAGAAAAAAAAAUUAUUUAUUGAAGCUAAUUCCAUGCCGUAUGAGAGAUAUUUAACUCAAUCAAGUUAUCAAAAACCAUCAUUAAUUGCUUAUUUAAAUAUAAAUCCACCGGGUUAUGAAAAUAUAGUUGCACGAAAUGAUUGGCUUAAAACGAUCGAGGGAUUCCGUAAAGUCACGUCUCCAAUGCUUUUUGCUCCAAUUAACGUAGAAAAAUUUACAAUCGUUGAAAAAGAUUUCUUAAAUUCUUCCAUUAAAUUUAACAUUAUUUACAGUGGAUUUAAUCAUUUUUCAUCAUUAAUGCAUAACGGGAUAUAUGGUGACGGUUCAGUAAGUCGAAAUUAUCAAUUUUUAAUUCUUCUUCAACAAAAUGAUGUCAAAAAUAAUUUCGAAUCACUCAAUGCAAAAAUAAAUCGUCCCCGUUCAUGUUUUUAUUCACAAAUUUGUCAUGUUUGCCGAAAAUUGGAAGCAAAAAUAAUUUGCAAUCGAUGUCGAAUUAUUUCCUAUUGCAACAAUAAACAUCGUGAUCAAGAUCAAAUUCAUCACAAGGACAUUUGUCGAGUAAUUUUAAUGUUGAUGAAAGAAAUGAACACAGCGAAUCUUUUUGAUAAUGCAAAAACAUCAGAUUCAGAAUUAUGGCUACGUGCAAAAAUUGAUAUAAUGAAAAAAGUGAAAACACAACUUGGUAGAAAAUUGGAGGAGUAUGAAAAGCAAAUGUUUCUAUUUCCCAAGGCAUGUGCAAUUUGUCACGACAGCGAUUCGAGUUUAUUGAAAAAUUGUGAAUGUGGGGUCAGUCUCUGCAAAAUUCACAAUAAAGAUCCAAAUCACAAAAAAUUGUGUAAAGAAUUAUCGAUUGCCUAUAAAAUGUCUACAACUGAAACGGAGCCAAAUUUAAAUUUUAUGAUACGAAUAAAUGUUGUUAAAGGUUCUAUUGAUGAAUAUCCAUCGUCAAUGCUUGAGUUUAUAAAUUCUUUUUCUGAACCAACAAUAACCAAUUAUCAAAAUCAUGAAGAGAUAAAUUAUCAACAUUUAGCGACAUCCAAUUUCAUAACUGAUAUGCUAACAUUAAGAUAUUAUAUAAAAAAAAUUAAUCCACUUUUCACGACGAUAACGACAAUGGUGAUUCAUAUUAUUGUUGUAAACAAAAACGAACUUAUGUCAGAAAAUUCUUGGAAACAAUUUUUAUACUCAUUUCAACAACUAAAAAAUUUAGAAAUUGUUUUCAUUGGGCCAGAAGUACCAAAUUGUCCAGAAAGAAUAUUCAACACACCUGAAUUAAAUACAAUUGAAAAAAGAAGAUUAAAAAUCGAUUAUUGCAGUACAACAUAUGAUAAAUAUUUCAGAAAUAAAAAAUUCAUAAAACCGCAAAUAAUCUUAGGAUGUAAUCUUAAUAUUCAUGAGAGUAAAUUAUUCGAAAUUUUAGAAAAUACUUGGAAGGAGACAAUUUUAACGGUGGAAAAAGUUGGAGUUCCAUUUAUUUUAACAUCAGGUACAAAAGAACGUGCCGAAAUGGAGCAUAAAAUAAUUUGCGAUCUUCUUGGAAAAUCUGUGAAUUUUCAAUUUUUCGAAGAAAAUCCAUACUCAUCAUUAACACCGGAAAGAGAUUUUGAAACAGAAGGUGUCAUGUAUGCAAAUAAAUUUGUAAUUGCUUACGAUGGAAAAUAUCAAAAUUCCUCAAAUUCGACAAAUGAGAACAAAAUUAAAAUUAAUGAGAAUUCGCAAUUGGCAACAAAUAUUACAAUAACAGAAGAAAAUAAUUCAAAGGCAAAAGAAAUUAUUAAUAAAACUAAAGAAAUAAAAGUUUGUGAAAAUUUAAGUAAUGAAAAUAAAAAUGAAAAUCCAGAUUUAUUAUUAUUACAGCAGCGUAAUAAAUUUCUUAUCGAUGAAAAUGAAAAAUUAAAAGAACAACUAAUUUCAGCGAAUACUCAAAUUGCAGAACAAAAAAAUCAAAUUUUAAAUUUAAAUAAUCAAAUUUUACAAUUGGAAAAAACUUAUAUUGAUUUUGUUAAAAAAUUUCAAGAAAAUAUUAAUUUAACGUUUGAUGGCAAGGCCGGGUUCGGAUAA